AUGGCUGAUAUCACUUCCACUAUCCCAUCCAACCCCGGCGCUGGCGCUGAUUCCACCCCUCCUGCCCCUCCUCCUCCCGUUCCUUCCGGCCCUGGUGCUGAUUCCACCCCCCCCGGGGCUCCUCGUCGGCUUCCUUCCGCUUUCGCCUCCUUCAUGGCACAUCUUUUUCCGCCUCGUGAGGGAUUCGAUGAUGACCCUCUGUCUGUGUAUCAUGAAAAUGAUGAUGAUGAUGAUGAUGAUGAUGAUGAUGUUGAUGUUGAUGAAGAUGAGGCUAUGGAUGUAAUGCGCACUUUAACACUUAGCAUCAAGGACCGCCUCCAGCUCGCCAAAGCAAUUGUUGACCAGGCUCCUGAAAAUGUGCACACUGUGCUCGCCAUCACGGCUCCUCAGAUGACGGCAGAAAUAUACGGAAAGGCGAUUGCACGCGCCGCAGCGGCGGUAAACCCCGGCAAGUUCCACUCUGAGGAGGAUAAACAAUUAGGAAAGAAUGCUCUUGAGAAAUUAACUCAUGCCGUCACUUGGGCGAGGCAGUCCCUUGCGGGCCGAUGGGAUCCAGCCGAUGUUCCGGUGGUAGAGGAACCCUUGGAUAGAUACCAUCGGCAUUGCCACAUUGCGGCAACGCGGCAUAUAAUAACGCUAUAUGAAGCAUGCCAGGCCGGCCAUCGAAGCAGCAUUACUGAUGCAAUCAGGACAACAAAUUAUGCUGGUGUUUCACGAGAUAUUGCUAAUGCGCUUAGCGCUCUCCAUGAUAUUAAUGAAAAAAUUAUGAGGCACAACAUCAUUCAAAAAAACCGUCGGUCCACGGGUAAAAUCCGGAUCCAGCCGUUUUUCGACCCAUGGAGCUCCUCCGAGUCCGCAAAACUUCGAGCACUAUGCAAGUCCCUACGCCUUCCUGAAGGAUGGGCUGAGUUACCACCGGUAGAAAGAUAUACGUACUCAGAAGAUCUCAGGAUGUACUGGGUGCCACUUUGGCAUCAGCUUACCCCACUAAUAAUGAAGUUGUGGGAUGGAAUUGUUAAAGGAGCAUCAACUGAGCAACUUACACCAAUACAUCAGGAAGUUACUGCAAAGAUCACUGAGUUGAACUCCAAAAUCUCAGAACUGAAUUCGCAAAAUGAGCAACCGCCACAGUUACAUCACAUAAAUGGAUCAACUAUUAGCGAGGCAUAUUUUCUCCUACAUACCAACGUUCAGAAUACAGGGCUCUUUCGAGAAACAAGAGCUAAAGUUGACAGCGCAUUUGCUGAAUUGGGAUAUCCAGAGACCUGGACUCCGCGUGCAACUACAGAGUGUCUUGUUUGUAUGGAAAUGAUCAUGACUGGUAUAACAAGUUACAAACAAUGCCCGACAUGUCAAGUGAAGAUUCACACAAGGUGCCAAUCGCAAUGGGCCCAGUAUUAUCGGGACAUAUCAGGAAAUAGUGAUUUCCCAUGCCCACAUUGUCGAGCAAUGGAAUUGAAUACAACCGUUUCGCCUCCAGCCCAAACAACGACCCAGACGGCAACCCAGAUCUCGUCUCUCAGAAAUAUGGGGAAAAGACGAGUCCAGAUCCCCCCCCGAAAGGUUUCACGAUGCGUGCGACCUGGAUACACAGUACAUGGACAGAGAAUCUCCCAUAUAAAUGUAUACGGCAACUUUGCUCAAGUUGUUGUGGAAAAUGAAGAUGGCAGCCGUGAGCUCCUCAACGCCACGCAAGCUGGUGGUUUGGCUGUUGUCAGAGCCGCCGAAAGCUUCCCAGAGGUUGGGAAAGUUGAAUCAAGCGGGUGGAAAGAGCUGAGGUCCAAGGUUUCGGAAAUGGGUGAGUAUGGGAUUUUAUGGGUAGCAGUUUCAUCACAUUGGGACCCCACAAGUGAAAGAUUGCCCUCGGUAGUAUGCUGCUUCUACCACCACGUCAAUGGAGUAUAUACGGAGAAAGUUGGUUCCCGCUCAAAUAUAGCAAAAGUACUCGGCAAAGCAGGAGACCUCAUGAUUGCAGAAGCUAUUAGCGGGAAAGAGGAUGUUGAAUCUGUUGAAGAAGCAGUUGAGUUCAUAUACUGUGUGACGCAUGAGCAGAGAGAGGAGUAUUGGGAUAGCCCACCCAGGCCCUCGUCGUCGCAAGCCCACAGUCAAGAGAGAUGA